UUGGUACUUUGGUGUGCCUUUAGUAUAUUAACAUCAUUAACUAAUAAAUUUAUCCUAUCCACAAGAAAUGGUGACCCAAAUGUAUUAGCCAUGGCACAAAUUCUUACAACGACUUUGCUAGGUGGUAUUAAAAUGAAUACUCCUUGCUGCUUGAAUCAGUACAUACAUGCUAAGCCGUCUCCAGAUGUAAAACACACCAAUUUUAUACGUAACAUGGCGUUUGUUGGUAUUAUGAGGUUUACAACUGUUGUCUUGGGCUUGAUUAGUUUAAAAUAUGUAGCUGUGUCAUUUACGGAAACUAUUAAAUCUUCGGCACCAAUAUUUACCGUCGGUUUAGCUUGGAUAAUGUUGCAAGAGAAAACUGGCGUUUAUGUCAAUUUAGCGUUAUUACCAGUUACUGCUGGACUGGCACUAUGUAGCGCUACAGAAAUCGGUUUUAAUAUGCUAGGUUUCUUGGCAGCCGUUUCUAAUAACAUUGUGGACUGUAUACAAAAUGUAUUUUCAAAGAAAUUAUUGAGCGGAGAACAUUACACGCCCGUCGAAUUACAAUUUUAUACUAGCGCUGCCGCUGCUGUAGUUCAAAUUCCUCUAUGGUUCUAUAAUGUAUGUAUGCGCAUACUAGGUUUUCAUCUAGAUGACAUUGUCGCUAUUGAUAAAACUGUUGCCAUAAUGAUGGUCCUCAAUUCUUUAGGAUUUCACUUACAGAGUGUGACAGCAUAUGUUCUGAUGGCUGACAUAUCUCCCGUAUCUCAUAGUGUGGCGAACACAGCAAAGCGUGCAUUACUUAUACUAUUGUCGAUAUUGAUAUUUCACAAUCCUGUUACGGUUAUGAACAUUUUUGGCAUCCUGAUAGUCAUUCUUGGAGUGGUCUUAUACAAUAGGGCUAGAGAAUAUGAAAAA